UUUAGAAGCAGCUGUGAGCGUCAUGGCGGACACGAUGCAAACCGAUAAUUUUCCAUAUUUACCUUCGGGUUUAGCGGAGGUGAAUAAAAUGAUCGAGGAGCACAGCGACCUGUUUUCGGAUUCUCAGUGUAAAGUGUGCAGCGCUGUCCUCAUUUCAGAGUCCCAGAAGCUCACUCAUUAUCAGAGCAAGAAACAUGCCAACAAAGUGCGACGCUACUUUUUUAUUCAGAACGAGAAUGAGCCUACUGUAAAGAAGCCCACAAAAGAUAACAAUGACUGUAAUAACGGGGAGACAGACCGGUUCAAAGUGUGCCUGGUGUGUAACAUGACGUUCACCUCGGCAGUGAUGGCGGAGUCUCAUUAUCAGGGAAAAGUCCACGCCAAGAACCUGCGCCUCAAGACUGUGGGCCCCCAGAACACAGUGGCUCCUCAGAUGACUGCGCCUGCACCUACAGUCCAAACGAAGAAACAGAAAACGGGCGAGUCUCCACUGAACGACAAAUCCAACCCCAACCACUUCUGUUCUGUGUGUCAGGCCUCCUUCAACAACCCCCUGAUGGCCCAGCAGCAUUACCAGGGAAAGAAGCAUCAAAAACACAUAAAGAAAAUGAAGCUGAUGGAGACGUACGGCCCGGCCACAGCCCCAGCAACGACCGUGAAGGGCUACCCCUGCGCCAUCUGUAAACUGGAGCUGAACUCUGUGGAGCAGUACCAGUCCCACAUCAGCGGGGCCAAACACAAGAACCAAUUGAAGAAGUCUGGGCUGGCUCCCUCAGAGUCCCUCCAGGCCUCAGACUCCUUCAGCGGUGAGUACCCCGAACAGCAGCUCUCGUCUGGGGAGGAGCGGCCGUACGGAGCCCUGGAGGAUCAGUGGGACGGGAAUCCUUUCGCCGCCACAGACCAGAACUACUCAGAGGAGGACCCUGGCUUCUGUGAGGAGUACCAGACCUACUCUAAAAACUGAACAUUUCCACAUGGACACUGUACAAAAGUGAAGGUCAACAGUUUUCUAGACAAUAUGCUGCAAUAUGCUUUAAAGGGCCCAUAUUACGGUAUUUUCCGAACUUUUUAUGAUGUUUUCCUCGCCACAAACAUACCUGGAGUUGUUUUGUUUCAUUCAUAUUCAGGCUCUUCAGUUCUUCUCUCAAACUGAAAACACGUGGUAAUACAGAAGGAGCUCCACUGUGUUUUUAAAGUCCAUAGUCACGGUUAUAGUCGCAAUUGGUCAAAUUUUUAUACAGCGCUUUUCCACCUUCAAGGCUCUCAAAGCGCUUUAAAAUUCAACCAUGGAACUGCCAAUCCGUACUGAACAAAAAUUAAAAGGAGCUGAAAACUUAAUCUAUUGCUUCAUGACAUCACAAGGUGGAACAGAGAUGUAGACAGACUAAUAAUGCAGGAUUGACCUUUUUCACUGCAGCCGAAAGUGUCGCGAUGUAGGGUCAACGUAACUCCCAGUUAAUGCUUUUCUACGGCAAAAAUAUCUGUGGAAAUGUCUCAUAAAUCUGCACCAUCGCCAAAUCUUCAACCAACAAGGUCAACAAAGGAUAAACAUUUUAAAUUUUGGAGAAUUUAUCCACAACUAUCAAGGUAAGAAAGAAGAAAACGAAAAGGCGAACAACGACGAGCAUUAGUGAACUACUCCUGAGAAAAACUAACGCUAUGGUCAUGAAUAAAACAUAAGUAACUUGUGAACUCAGACUGAUCCUAGAAUUAAAAUUAAAUACUGAUUUCAUGAUGUAGAUAUUAGAAUAGACAGAGAGAUUUGUGCAGCUUAAAUGCGAGACAUGAAUGAAUGAAUUACUUAUUAGUUAUGUUUUAUUCAUGACCAUAAUGUUAGUUUUUGCUCAGGAGUAGUUCACUAAUGCGUCGUCGUUGUUUGUGUUUACGUUUUCGUCUUUCGUCCUGAUAGUUGUGGAUAAAUUCUUCAUGGAUAGAAUAUGUCCUUUGUCGACCUUGUUGAGAUGAAGUGAUGGGGGCAGAUUUAUGAAGCUGGUGAAGACAUUUCUACAGAUAUUUUGCCACAGAAAAACAUUAUCCGGGAGUUAAGUUGACCCUACAUCGUGGCACUUCCGGUCGUUGUGAAAAAGUUUUUAUUACCCAAACAUGUGUGAAUGAAACAAAACACAACUCCAGGUCUGUUUUUGAGGCGGUAACAACAUUAUAACUUGGCUUAAAGCUCAAUAACGAGUCAAUUUUGUGUAAUAUAGGACCUUUUAAAGGGUUUAUUGUUUCACAGUCAUUGUUUUACAUUAACUUUACGUUCUAUCAUGACGAUGGUUUGCAGCUCUCUUUGUUUAUUUUAAGGCUGUGAAAAUUAUCAGAACAAGUUUAUAAUUUUUUAUUUUUUUUUAUAUUUGUUUAGAGGAGAGAGCCAAUGGGAAAUAACCCGCCUCAGUCCUCAUUGGUCGUCUCUCCUCAGUGGGGCGGGAUUUACAAAAAUAGGAAACGGAAUUGGGUCAUAGGAUAUAAUUCCACUGGAGGAACUAGGUUUGUGAAUGUUCAUGAGAAUUCUGCUUUGAAUUUUACAGAUGUUUUAUAAUUACUUUGUUUAUCACAGGAACCUUCAUAUAGUUAAAGCUGCACUGUGUAACUUUUGUGGUGGAGGGUCCGUCAAACGCUUUUUCUCCGUGGAGAUGUUAUUGCUUUGUCUGGAAUGUUUCACAGUAUGGCAUUAAACGUGUCAAUCAUCAUGAGACCAAACCACAGAGAAUCAGUUAAUUACAGGUCAGAUCUUGUAUAUCUACAUAUUUUUGAGCUAUAAAACCACCUGUAAUUCAAUAAAUGUAAGGUAGAGCUGUUUAAAGUCAUACUGCGGAACAUUCCAGACACAGCGAUGACAAAAAAAGAAAGAAUUAAAAAGCAGGUGACGGACCCCUCAACCAAAAAGUUACACAGUGCGCCUUUAAAACACUAUUCCUUUAUAAAAAACUAUUAUUUUAGCUGUUAGCAAUCUGUAUUUUAUUUCUUUUUAUUGAAUAUUAUUUAUCGUUUAUUUCUUAUACACGUUAAUUCAAUAAAACUUUACUAACAGCAGCUCCGUAGAUCCUGUCCGUAGCGCGUUUCAACUGAUGUCAAAUUUAAAGAUGUCAAAAAGUUUUAUAAAUGCAAAAUAGGAAAAAAAAAAUAGUAACGUUUAAAGGUGCAGUGUGUAACUUUUUGGUUGGAGGUCCGUCACCUGCUUGUUUCUAUGGAUAUGCCACUAUGGAUACGCCUGGAAUGUUCCACAAUAUGACUUUAAACAACCUUAUAUAAAAAAAAAAUUACAUUUAUUCAAUUAUAGCUCAAAAACCUACAAAAACAGGGAUUCUGACUAUGAAAAGAGUCGCCUCUCAACAGAGCUGACCUGUAACUUGAUAGAAAGGUUUAAUGCCAUACUGGAACAAAAGCAUUUGACGGACGCUCCACCAGAAAAGUUAAACAAUGCAGCUUUUAAUCAGGGUUUAACAUGAACUUUUGCCGCUUUCAUUCCAUUGACUAAAGUCCUUUUCAGACGCUUUUUUCCGAUCAUAAUAAUUUUCUUAGAGCUCUACAGAACUACAAAGCUAUUAACAUGGUACUUAAAGCAUAGACUGUUUAUAUAAAUGGACGUGGCUAAAUAGGAAGUGAGCAUGGGCACUUCCGGCUCCAUCGACUCUGGCUCCAAUCCACUUUGUAUUGAAAAAUCGUCACCUCUUUCUCUGUAACUGCUGCUGUCAGGGUUCUCAUCUUGGUCUUAAAAUGUUCAUAUUAACCUGCUCUACAUGAUCCAGGUGGACUAGACCAGCUCUGAACCGGGAAAGGGACUGGACCGGUAUUAAACCAGGACAAAUCUACUGUGACUGAACCAGGACUUUACCCAAAACUGAACAGGGAGUAAACCAAUUGGCAAAAGGAGGGAUUAAACCAGAACUAAACCACACUGACCCAGGACUGAAUUAGGACUGAACCAGGACUAAAGCUGCUCUGAACCAGGACCAAACCAGGACUAAACCAGGACAGAACUACUGUGACAGAACCAGGACUUUACCUAAACUGAACAGGGACUAAACCAACUGGCAAAAAGAGGGAUUAAACCAAAACUAAACCAGACUAACCCAUGACAAAACCAGGACUAACCCAGGACUGAAUUAGGACUAAACCAGGACUGGACUGGGACUGGACCAGGAUUAAACCAGGACAGAGCUACUAUGACUGAACCAGAACUUUACCAAACUGAACAUGGACUAAACAAAUUGACAAAAGAAGGGAUUAAACCAGGACUAACCCAGGACUGAAUUAGGACUAAACCGGGACUAAACCGGCUCUGAACCAGGAGACUAAUAGUGGAUUUAAAAUGUUCGUAUUAACCCGCUCUGCAUGAUCCUGGUGUAUUUAUUUUACUCUUUUACCCCUACAUCGAUUCCUAUUCCAUAAAAGUCUGCACCAAAUUCACCCUGUAACUUUUUUUGUCCUCAGUGAGCUUCAUUUGACUGGACCUGACCGCUUUUGGUGACGUCACACUCACUUAGUCCACUUCUUUAUACAGUCUGUGGUUAAAAUAUUUAUACCUGGUCAUAGUAAAGGUACAUAAAGGUAUAACCAGCGAAAAUGGAAGUCAGCUUUUGGUUCGUGUUAAGCCCUGAUAAAAGGUCCUUUGUUUUACUUUUGGUCUGAUUGUUCACUCCUGUUUCUUGACGUGUGUGUGUAUUGGAUUGUUGGACACUUUAUUUGUGCUUUACUUUUUCCAUUUGUUUUUUUUUUUUUGUUUUUUUUACUGGCCUGUCAAAUAAUUUAUGAGAAUAGCGAGGAAAAUUGAAAAUGUGUGGUUUUAUUUUAUUUUAUGUUUUAUUUUUUCCCCCUUUCUGUUUAAAGGUGAACUGUGUAACCUUUCGGUUUGGGCGUCCGUCACCUGCUUGUUACUAUGGAGAUGUCAUUGCGCUGUCUGGAAUGUUCCAUAGUAUGGCAUUAAACAGCUCUGCCUUAGAUUUACUCAAUUACAGCUGGUUUUAAAGCUCAAAAAUGCCUAGAAAAACAUGGAUUCUGACUGUGAGCAAGGUCGCCUCUCCACAGAUCUGACUGUAACUUGGUCUGGUUUGGUUUCCAUGAAGAUAAAACGGUUUAAUGCCAUACUGUGGAACAUUUUAGACAAAGCAUUAAUGUAUUUGAAUCAGAAAAGUUACGCAAUGGACCUUUUAAAUGCCUCAAAAUAAGACGUUUAUCAAGAGUGGCUUCUAAAUUGACAGUUCAUUUCCUCAAAGGAGAACAGUGGGUUAGAGUUAGUUAGUGUUUAAUCUGCAGUAGAGAGUAUACUUUUUACAUUUUUGGCCAGUUGAGAAAUUAUAAACGGUGUUAAUGUGCUGUGAAGUGAGAGAACAGGAGGGGGCGCUGUAGUGGUGACGUUUUUGGAUGUAUUUGAUAAAACAAGGACUUGUAAAACUUAAAAAUAAGUGGCUUGUAAAGACAUUUCAAAGAAGUGGCUGAAAAAUUGCAUCAAAUAAAACGUUUGUAAAGAAAGCAA